GCCACAAAUGCAACGAUAGCAGCUGGCAAUGGCAGACAGCGAACCCCGAAAACUGCUUCCCAAGUUGGUUCAAGAUGGAGAACUUGCCCUUUUCAAGGAAGAGAUCAAAAGCAUUGGGGAUCUGAGCGGGGAGGUGAGGCGGAAGCAUUUUGGCCGAUCCGGGGACACGCUCUUCCACUACGCGGCGCGGCACGGCCACCUGAGCAUUCUGCAGUAUUUAGCAGAGUCUUUGGAGAUGGACAUUGAACUGUUUAAUAAUGAUUACAAGCGGCCCCUCCACGAAGCAGCGUCCAUGGGCCACCGCAACUGCGUCUUGUAUCUUUUGGAGAGAGGCGCUGCCGUCGAUUGUUUGAAGAAAGCAGACUGGACUCCUCUGAUGAUGGCGUGCACGAGGAGGAACCUGGAUGUGAUUCGAGACCUCGUGCAGAACGGGGCAAACCCCCUGCUGAGAAACAAAGAUGGCUGGAAUUGUUUCCAUAUAGCCUGUCGGGAGGGAGAUCCUCAGGUCAUCCGGUACUUGCUCAACGUCUCUCCUGAUGUCUGGGACACAGAAAGCAAAAUCAAAAGGACGCCUCUGCACACAGCAGAAAUAAUCCCCCCUCCCAAAGAAUGUGAAAAAGAGUCACAGCGGAGCCUAAGCAUGCCCCAAGGUCAGCGACAGGUAGAGAUAAAGCCACCUGGCCUCUUGCCCCCAUAG